UUAGGUAAUACACUGCUUGCUUUUUUUAUUCUUCCUGCCAAAGUGAACAAUUUCACAUUUACUCACAUUACACUCUGCCAGAUUUGUUGCCUGUUUACUUAACCUAUGUAGAGCUGGUCAGAAGUCACAUGACACACCAGGUUAUAGUCCAACAGGUUUCUUUGACAUCUCAAGCUUUUGGAGCAUGGCUCCUUCAUCAGGUGAAGUGAAGUGAGGAGGCAUGGAUAGGGUGAAUGCAUUUCUUCCCAGGGAUGGGGAAUUGAAAACUAGAGGACAUAGGUUUAAGGUGAGAGGUAGUAGAUUUAAGAAGGACCCGAGAGGCGGCAACUUCAUGCACAGAGCAGCGUGUAUAUGGAAUGGGCUGCUGGACAAAGUGGUUGAGGCAGGUACAGUAGCAACAUUUAAAAAAACAUUGGAUAGGUACAUGGAUGAGAAGGGUUUAGGGGGAUAUGGACCAAAUGCAGGCAAUUGGAACUGGCUGAGUGGGCGGCAUGGACCAGUUUGGACUGAAGAGCCUGUUUCCCAUGCUGUAUUACUAUAUGACUCUAAAAGCACACAGGCACAGAAUUUAUAGGCAGGGAGAUCAAAAGAUCAUAUAAAUGGUGUGAGUGGAAUGUCUACAGGCUGAAUAACAAGUCUCUGCUGGUGCGUAAAGUGUCAAUGGCGGAAUAGCAAGUGAAGGGUUAACCUAUGAUCUGAUUAAUUGAGGCAGAGAGAUAAUUACAAAAAAAUUUAAAGGAGAUGGUGCUGGAAACAAACCAAAUGGCUGGAAUAACAUAAUAGGUAUUAACAGUUCCAUUCAAAGGGUCUAACCAAAGUAACAAGUAAACCAAAACUAUACAAACUAAUUAAGGUAGGGAGAUCAUAAUAAGUUAUCAAGCUGAUGGUGUCAAAACAGGAUGGUAAGAAAGAUUUAACAGAUACAGACCAGUAUGGUGUGGUUACAUGUAAUGCAACAUGAACCCAAGAUCACAGUUUAAACUAUCUUCAUGGGUAUAGAACAUGGCUAUCAGUCUCUGCUUGGUAAUUCUGCGUUGUUGUGCAUCUCGAAGGCCGCCUCAGAGGAAGAUUACCUGAAGAUCAGAGAUUGAAUAUCCUUGACCACUGAGGUGUUCCCUGACUGGGAAGGAGUAUUCCUGCUCGGCAAUUACCACGUGGUGUCCAUUCAUCCAUUGUCGUAGCAUCGGCAUGGUCUCGCCAAUACCCCAUGCCAUGGGACAUCUUUGCCUGCAGCGUAUAAGGAUGUGAGCUGAAGGCUGGUAACAAAGAAUACAAGAUGGAGGUGGAAGACGAUGAUUCUGAGCAUCAGCUUUCUUUGAGGACGGUUUGUCUUGGUGUUGGGGCAAGUGAUGAUUUGCAUCUGGUCGAAGCAGAAGGCUUAAACUCUGAAGGCAAGAACACAAAGGUGACUUUGGCAGCUUUGAAGUUGUCGGUGCAGCCUACAGUUAGUUUGGGAGGAUUUGAAAUGGCACCACCUGUGACAUUCAGGCUCAAAUCUGGAGCGGGUCCUGUAUACAUCAGUGGCCAGCACCUCAUCGCAUUGAACGAUGAUGAUUUGGAGUCUGAUGUUGAGGAUGACAGCAUGCUGGAGGACAAAACACCGAAACAAGCUGUAAAGCGACCAGCUGCUACAGCAUCCAAAGUCAUGCAGCUGAAGAAAAUGAAAGUGGAAGAUUUCGAUGAAGAUGACGACGAGGAGGAGGAGGAUGAUGACGAGGAAGGUGAAGAUGAGAAAGCGGUCACCCCGGCAAAAAAGCCUCUUCAAAAAACUCUGCUCAAGGCAACACCUGGAUUGAAAGGGACUCCCAACCAAAAUGGCAAAACACCCACCAAAUCCACACCAGCUAUCAAGCAGUCCAAGACUCCAGAAGCCAGCAGUAAACCCAAAACCCCCAAAACCCCAAAGGCCCCACUGACCACAGAAGAAAUCAAGACUAAGUUGAAGACCUCCUUGGAAAAAGGUGUUGGUCUGCCCAAACUGGAGUCAAAGUUUAUAAACUACGUGAAAAAUGGCUUCAGGGUGGAAGACCCAAAGAUCAUCAAAGAACUCUGGACAUGGAGACAGACACUGGAUGGAAAGUAGAAUAACUAGCUGUAAUGUCACAAACUUGCUGUGAACAUCGUCCUAUUUCAUCUGUCAUUGUAAAUAAACCAGUUUGUUUUACAA